AAUUAUGUUUUCUUUUACAUCAUGUGGAUGGCUGGUGUGUGUGCGUCGCUUACCUGGGGAAGACAUGGCACCAGGAUGCACUAUGGGAAGAAGGCAAGCCGGCAGAUGCAGUGUUUGAUGCUCUGGGAAAUGUUCUGCUGGGAAAUCUUGAGUCCUGGCAUUCAUGUGGAUGUUACUUUGACACGUACCACCUGCCUAAACACUGUUACAGACCAAGUUCAUGCCUUCAUGGCAAUGAUAUUCCCUAAUGUCGGUGGCCUCUUUCAGCAGGAUAAUGCUCCAUGCCAUACUGCAGAAAUUAUUCAGGAAUGGUUUGAGGAACAUGACAAAGAGUUCAAGGUGUUGACUCGGCCUCCAAAUUCCCCAGAUCUCAAUCUGAUCGAGCAUCUGUGGGAUGAGCUGGAUAAACAAGUCCAGAGAUCCAUGGAGGACCCACCUUGCAACUUACAAGACGUAAAGAAUCUGCUGCUAAUGUCUUGGUGCCAGAUACCACAACACACCUUCAGAUAUAUCUGUCUAUACCUUCUUUUUGCUCAGGCUCAUCCCUAAAGGUGGAUUGCGCAAACCUGAAUAUUUGCCUCAGUGAGAAAUGCUGCUAAAUUUAGGCCACCUCACAGCAGACAUUAACCCAGUGGAGAUUUUUAUCAGCUUAGUUCUCCAUCAAUUGUCCUUGAAAACUGGAUCAUGGAGUUGUUGAAAACAUUCACAUGGACAUUCACAUGUCAUUGUUGCUUUGGGAUUUAACUGCCUACAGAAUUUUGAAUUCACAUGAAGUGACUUUAUUCUAGUUAGACCAGGGGUGCCUGGUCUGAUUCAACAGAUUAAACAAAUGGAAAGAGGUGUGGCUCUUGCUUUGUCUGAAAUGAAAAUGUCCAGCCAUUUGGGGAUAAGACUGGACACCUCUGAGUUACAUUAUUAAAGGAAUGCAACACUCUCUUGUCUCAUGGAUUGAAGUGGAUUGAUGUCAUUUUUGGACUUACCUGCUGCUGUUGUCGGUUCUCUUUAGAUGUCCGUGUUUAGCACCAUAAUUGUUUACUUGUUUACUUUUGUUUCUGAUUAAUUAAGCACUUUCUAAAUGUUGCCACAUUAGCUAUGCAACUGUCAUUAAAAUGACAGAACCCCAGAACAGAAUUAAAGCAGGUUAGAGGUGGAGGAAUGCCCCUCCGUGGCCUUUACAAAAACACUUAAUGAGGUCAUGAAGUUACGCUCCGCCCUACAGGUUCCAGCCUCCUCCGGGAUGCCGCCAUAAAGAACUGGGACAAUGUUGCUGUCACAAAAAGAGCUUCUCAUUUCAUUCCUCAUCACAUCUCCGGAGCAAGCCAGAACAUCUGCAUCUCUUCUUGGACUCGGUGGGUAACUCUGAUUUUCUUUGUGAAGUAUGCCGUUGUUGUUGUUGAACAGUAGUUGUGUGUCAGUAACUUUAUCUCCUUUUAAGAUUUAAUACUCUGGACCAUUUAUACCUGUGAGAUUCAGGAGAACUUCUUCAUCCUGGCUUCUUUAUUUCCAUAAUACAGUCAGCCUACUGUUCUCAGGUUGUGAUCUCAGUUGUGUAAGAUGACCCACCAGUCUCCGACCCUCACCACGGAGCAGAAGAGGGAGCUGCAUGAGAUCGCUCUGCGCAUCGUGGCUCCUGGGAAAGGCAUUCUAGCAGCUGAUGAAUCAGUUGGCAGCAUGGGAAAGCGUCUGAAUCAGAUCGGAGUGGAGAACACAGAGGAGAACCGUCGCCAGUACCGCCAAGUCCUCUUCAGCGCAGACGACCGCAUUGACAACUGCAUCGGUGGAGUCAUUUUUUUCCAUGAAACCCUCUACCAGACUUCUGAUGAUGGUGUUCCUUUUGUUAAAAUGAUCAAAGACAAAGGGAUCACUAUUGGCAUCAAGGUUGACAAAGGAGUUGUUCCCUUGCCAGGAACUAGUGGUGAAACUACUACACAAGGGCUGGAUGGUCUAUCAGAGAGAUGUGCUCAGUACAAGAAAGAUGGAGCAGAUUUCGCCAAGUGGCGUUGUGUGAUGAAGAUCAGUGACACGGCCCCAUCUCCGCUGUGCAUCACAGAAAAUGCAAAUGUCAUUGCACGCUAUGCUACUAUCUGCCAGCAGCAUGGGAUUGUACCCAUAGUGGAACCUGAGAUCCUACCUGAUGGAGAUCAUGACCUGAAGCGCUGCCAGUUUGUUACAGAGAGGGUUUUAGCAGCAGUGUACAAGGCUAUGUUCGAUCAUCAUGUGUAUCUGGAGGGAACCCUGCUCAAGCCCAACAUGGUGACCCCUGGACAUGGCUGCCCCACCAAAUACAGUGCCGAAGAGGUUGCCAUGGCGACCAUCACUGCUCUGCGCCGCACUGUGCCUCCUGCAGUCACUGGAAUAACAUUUCUCUCUGGAGGCCAGAGUGAAGAGGAAGCCUCUGUCCACUUAAAUGCCAUCAAUAAUUGCCCGCUAGUAAAGCCCUGGGCAUUGACCUUUUCUUUUGGUCGAGCGCUCCAGGCCUCAGCACUGAAGACCUGGCGUGGUCAGAAAGAAAACCAGAGUGCUGCCACUGAGGAGUUCAUCAAACGUGCUGAGAUCAACAGUCUGGCAUCCCAGGGGAAGUAUUCUGGUGGCGGGGACAGCAGUGGAGCUACUGGUCUUUCCCAUUACCUAUCUAGCUAUGCAUACUGAAAUGCCACAUUUACCAACUGUCUAUCAUUAUUCAGAAUCUCCUCAAAUACAGCCAAUUCCACUGCCACUGUACUCUGAUACACACACACACACACACACACACACACACACACACACACAAUAACUUCAAGGUGUAUCUUGGGUUCAAUACAUAGCUGUUUGUGCUAAAUCAGUAUUAGAGCUGUUGACAUGAAUUGAACAACUCAAACAUUGUUUAGAAAGCCUUCUAAAUGAUUAUGAAUACCAUAUAGAUAAAUGUGAUCUAGUGAUAUUGUCACUCAGCCAACACAGUUGGGGUUUCUCUUCACAACUUGUGCUUUGCAAUGCCUGAUGAUUUAAAUGUUCUGUGUAAUGGAUAGAAAUAAGCUUAUUUACACUUAGUACCUGUGAGCUGUGUGCUUUUUGUGAGUGUUGUGGUAUUCUGUGUGACAAAAGAGAAAAUACUGCAUAAGGUAUAAUAAAUUCAGAAAAUAUUGCACCUA